GAACGGCGCGCUCACAGUGCUCCCGGGAUAUGCCAUCUUCUAGCCUUAUUUACGUGCUCCCCCACCCUAAGAACCUCACAGCACAGCUUACCUGCCGUAGCCAUCUGCAUAAAAGGCAAUUCCUGACGUAAGAGAACUUCCCUAUGUUAACAUGUGGCCAAAAGAGAAAGAGAGAGAGAGAGAGAGAGAGAAACAAGGGGGAGAAAAAAAAAAAAAAAAACCAGCCUGUUUGGUCCGCCCUCCUGGGCUGUUGCUACCUUGCAGUUUAUGACAUACAGAUAGAGGGAGGUCUGGUGUGAAGUGAACGAGGCAGCCUAAGAGCCGGUCCAUUCCCGGGGAAACCACGAGUCCCCUGGCACAGGCAGCUCUCCCUACUUUCCGGAGGGAUUUCUUUUGUGUGACUUGGAGAGGGGCUCAUGAAUGAUUGCUAAACGUGUGCCUCGCUCAGGCGAGCCGCGCAGGGAGGGAGUGACCCAGCCAAGUGCGGGCAGAGCCGGCGAACGCAGACCGCGCAGUGCUGGAAUUGGCUCCACUCUUGCAGUUUUUGAAGUCAGCAGAACAGAAAUCAAAUUACUCUCCUGUUACGCCGGUUGAGGCUCAAGAAGAAGGGACUCUACACUGGCUUAAUUACCGUGGGAGAUGCAGCAAGUCCCAGAACAGCAAAGUAUGUCUAACGUGUGGACCCUGAAAACAAAUGAUCGCAUUUUUCUUCCCGAAUGCUCCAAACUCUGCAACCUCUGUUAAAAAGUUCAUCCUGCUUUUCUGACCUUGCUUUGAAGGGGGAAAAAAAAAAAUGAAACCAAACAAGACUCCACGAACCCCGUGAAGGAAGGAGAUACAAAAAGCCACUGCAGUUCAGCUCCCAUUGUAAUCAUGAGAGAAAAAAGGCGACCCAAGGAGCCCAGCAUGUAUGCCGCCUUCAGUGUGACAGAGCGUGGGGACAUAAAGAUGUAUGGCGAGCUGAGGCUCUAACUUGGUAGUUUUUCUUUACUUCAUCUGCUACAAAUUCCGGCUUAGAAAUGGAUAUUCUUUUUGAGGAAAAUGCUUCCUUGAGCCCAACAACAAACUCCUUAAUGCAAUCAAAUGAGGACCCAAGGCUCUACAUCAAUGACUUUAACUCCGCAGAAGCUAACACUUCAGAUGCAUUUAACUGGACAGUGGACUCGGAAAAUCGAACCAACCUUUCCUGUGAGGGCUGUCUCUCACCACCAUGCUUCUCCUUACUUCAUCUCCAGGAAAAAAACUGGUCUGCUUUGUUGACAGCUGUAGUGAUUAUUCUAACCAUUGCUGGGAACAUACUCGUCAUCAUGGCAGUGUCCCUAGAGAAAAAGCUGCAGAACGCCACCAACUAUUUCCUGAUGUCACUUGCCAUAGCUGAUAUGCUGCUGGGUUUCCUUGUCAUGCCCGUGUCCAUGCUAACCAUCCUGUAUGGUUACCGGUGGCCUCUGCCUAGCAAGCUCUGUGCUGUCUGGAUUUACCUGGACGUGCUCUUCUCCACGGCUUCUAUCAUGCAUCUCUGUGCGAUCUCACUAGACCGCUACGUUGCCAUCCAGAACCCCAUCCAUCACAGCCGGUUCAACUCCAGAACCAAGGCCUUUCUGAAAAUAAUUGCUGUUUGGACCAUAUCAGUGGGUAUCUCUAUGCCAAUACCAGUCUUCGGGCUACAGGAUGAUUCCAAAGUCUUUAAGGAAGGGAGCUGCUUACUUGCGGAUGACAACUUUGUCCUGAUCGGCUCUUUUGUGUCAUUCUUCAUUCCCUUAACCAUCAUGGUGAUCACCUACUUUCUAACUAUCAAGUCACUCCAGAAAGAAGCUACUCUGUGUGUGAGUGAUCUUGGCACACGGGCCAAACUAUCGUCUUUCAGCUUCCUCCCUCAGAGUUCCCUGUCUUCAGAAAAGCUCUUCCAGCGAUCCAUCCACAGGGAGCCAGGGUCCUACGGCAGGAGGACUAUGCAGUCCAUCAGCAACGAGCAAAAAGCUUGCAAGGUGCUGGGCAUCGUCUUCUUUCUGUUUGUGGUGAUGUGGUGCCCAUUCUUCAUCACGAACAUAAUGGCCGUCAUCUGCAAAGAGUCCUGCAACGAGAACAUCAUCGGCGCCCUCCUCAACGUGUUUGUUUGGAUCGGUUACCUCUCCUCGGCGGUCAACCCACUCGUGUACACACUGUUCAACAAGACCUACAGGUCAGCCUUUUCCCGGUACAUUCAGUGUCAGUACAAGGAAAAUAAAAAACCAUUGCAGUUAAUUUUAGUGAACACUAUACCGGCCUUGGCCUACAAAUCUAGUCAGCUCCAAACAGGACAAAAAAAGAAUUCCAAGAAAGAUGCCAAGAGCACAGAUAAUGACUACAGUAUGGUUGCUCUAGGGAAACAGCACUCAGAAGAUGCUCCUACAGACAAUAUUAACACAGUGAAUGAAAAGGUUAGCUGUGUGUGAGAGACUGGUUGCCAUAGCAACCACGGAGGGCACACUAGGCAAAUUUUCACCUAUUCUGGGGGGAAAAAAAAAAAAAGAAAAUAGGGAGACUGGAA